AUGUAUAAAAUGGAAUAUUCUUACCUCAAUUCCUCUGCCUACGAGUCUUGUAUGGCCGGGAUGGACACCUCGAGCCUGGCUUCAGCCUAUGCUGACUUCAGUUCCUGCAGCCAGGCCAGUGGCUUCCAGUAUAACCCGAUAAGGACCACUUUUGGGGCCACGUCCGGCUGCCCGUCCCUCACGCCGGGAUCCUGCAGCCUGGGCACCCUCAGGGAUCACCAGAGCAGCCCGUACGCCGCAGUUCCGUACAAACUCUUCACGGACCACGGCGGCCUCAACGAGAAGCGCAAGCAACGGCGCAUCCGCACCACGUUCACCAGCGCGCAGCUCAAAGAGCUGGAGAGGGUCUUCGCGGAGACGCACUACCCCGACAUCUACACCCGCGAGGAGCUGGCGCUGAAGAUCGACCUCACCGAGGCGCGAGUGCAGGUGUGGUUCCAGAACCGCCGCGCCAAGUUCCGCAAGCAAGAGCGCGCGGCAGCGGCCGCAGCGGCGGCGGCCAAGAACGGCUCUUCGGGAAAGAAGUCUGACUCCUCCCGGGACGACGAGAGCAAAGAGGCCAAGAGCACCGAUCCGGACAGCACUGGGGGCCCGGGCCCCAACCCCAACCCCACUCCCAGCUGCGGGGCGAGUGGCGGCGGCGGCGGCGGCGGGCCCAGCCCCGCCGGAGCCCCGGGGGCGGCGGGACCGGGGGGUCCCGGAGGCGAGCCGGGCAAGAGCGGGGCGGCGGCGGCGGCGGCGGCGGCGGCGGCGGCGGCGGCGGCGGCGGCGGCGGCAGCGGCCGGAGGCCUGGCUGCGGCCGGGGGCCCUGGACAAGGCUGGGCUCCGGGCCCCGGCCCCAUCACCUCCAUCCCGGAUUCGCUCGGGGGUCCCUUCGCCAGCGUCCUAUCUUCGCUCCAAAGACCCAACGGUGCCAAAGCCGCCUUAGUGAAGAGCAGUAUGUUCUGA